AUGGUGCGCCAGUACCGUAGCAACUGCACAAUCUACCAAAGUGGUGGAGAAACCCGUGAGCUCGGUACCGUGUUCAUGGUGCUAGGUGCUAUGCAACAACGAGUGAUUGGAUGGUGGCCAGUCAACGAACGAAUAUGCAGGUUGAGAAUUCGUGGCAGGUUCUUCAACCUGAGCAUCAUAAAUGUGCACAGUCCGCACCUUGGGAGCACCGAUGACGAGAAGGAGCUAUUCUUUACGCAGCUGGAGAGGGAGUACGACCGCUGCCCACAAAACGACAUCAAAAUUGUCAUCGGGGACUUAAAUGCUCAGGUCGGAAGGGAGGAGGCAUUCAAACCGACGAUAGGAAGGUUCAGCGUCCACCAGCUGACAAACGACAACGGCCUCAGGCUUAUCAAUUCUGCCUCCUCCAAGCACAUGAGCAUUCGCAGCACCUUUUUCCAGAACGCACCUUUCAAAGACCACUGGCGUAAGGUGGGCGCCAUCAGCACCGCAGCCGUACUGAAAAUUGGCCACUUACCACGCAGACAACGGAAGGAUUGGUUCGACGAAGAAUGCACUCGUGCAUUAUCCGAGAAGAAUGCAGCACGCGACCUCAUGCUACAGAACGAAACCCGUCAGAACGUGGAAAACUACGAAUGA